AUGGCAACGAAUCAGCUGGUGAACGAGAAGUUCUGUCCCGAGCUUGCCCCUCACGCGGAUUUGUACGCUGCUAGCUAUGUCGUGGCUCUCAUUGAACCUCCCUCCACUGAGGUCCCAGAUGAGUACCAAGCAUCUAGAGCAAACGCCAUUAUCCUGCAUAGUAUCAACUCCAUUCUCCCCUAUUCACAACUCUUCAAGAUGAGUUCUUCAGAUGCAGUCGCUAUUAACGUUUAUAUCCUCGGGAAUAAAACGGUUGUAACUGUCGCUAACAACCCGAACGUCACUGGGAAAUCCUUCACGGAGUCUGCGAAUGCCUUCAAACGGUACGUCCAGAAGCUCAAUCGGACGCUGACGUCGACGGCCAGGAAGGACACCAAAAACAAAAAAAUUCGAGAGGAAGCGCGCUCCCAUCUCUUGAAAACCGUUGUGGGUGGAUGCAGAAAUAGGAUAGUUUGUUCUAUUCGUCGAAUCCAAGAGUUGUUGACCAGCAUAUCAGGAUCUGGUACCAACGCUGCUGAAGCUCGAACGACGUUCUCGGCCCUUCCGGUUUCUCCUAUCUUUAAGGCUGAUGAUUUCUCAGACCACGAGCGCGCUAUCUUUGCUUCACUCAUUCGAAGUCACACCGGCUUUCACAAGCGGGUGGACAACGAUGGUGAAUUUGUUGAAGCGUGGCUGGCAGAAUGUCAGAGAAGGCUAAUCGAAUUCGGCGGGGGGUCCAGGGCGACCGAAACCGAGUCAACAAGAAUACUUGGACAGGGUUUGGGUGCAAUGACCCUGGAAGACUUGCCGGUGAAGGGUAAAGAAAACCGACAAGGUCUCUGCAUGGAAGCCAAUUUGUCCCAGCAGGAGGGCGCCGAUACCACAAUGGAAUAG